UUUGAACAAAAUAAUCCCUUCAUUUUUCGGAAGGUAUUGGGAAUAUUUAGUUUUUCUCCUUACCGAAACAAUUUUAAAUGUUACUGCGAUAAGAGAAGUUGCCUAUGGGAAGGUAGUUAAGCAGUUAGGUAAAAGGAAAGAAUGGAUAUCAUAAUAAAGUCUGCGGAGGAAUUUUUGUAAAGCUGUGAGACGACGGAGUGAGAAGAGUGAAUGCGAUUGAGAGAGGCUCAGAGAAUUGUCCUCUGUGCAGGGACUUUCUUUAGCCCCAGACCCCUGCCUGCCCCUAUCGUCAGCAGAGAGAUGGAAACCUUGAUGACUAGCUCCACCCUGCCUCCCCUUUUUGCAGAUGAAGAUGGCUCCAAGGAGAGUAAUGAUCUGGUUACAGCAGGGCUACCCCACCCCGAGGUUCCAUAUGGUCGUGGAACCAUAUCAUCCACCAACAAUCCAGAGUUUGUGGAGGAUCUCUCCCAAGGUCAGUUACUUCAGACUGAGUCCUCAAACACAGCAGAAGGCAGUGAACAGAGGCAUGAAGAUGAGCAAAGAAGUAAACGAGGAGGUUGGUCCAAAGGAAGAAAGAGGAAGAAACCUCUUCGAGACAGCAAUGCACCAAAAUCCCCCCUUACAGGGUAUGUCCGCUUCAUGAAUGAACGUCGAGAACAGCUUCGAGCAAAGAGACCAGAAGUCCCGUUUCCAGAAAUCACUAGAAUGUUAGGCAAUGAAUGGAGUAAGCUCCCUCCUGAGGAAAAGCAGCGCUACCUUGACGAAGCAGACCGAGACAAAGAGCGUUACAUGAAGGAACUGGAGCAGUAUCAGAAGACGGAGGCUUACAAGGUCUUCAGCAGGAAAACCCAGGACCGGCAAAAAGGCAAAUCUCACAGGCAAGAUGCAGCCAGGCAGGCCACUCAUGAUCAUGAGAAAGAAACAGAGGUAAAGGAACGGGCUGUUUUUGACAUCCCUAUAUUUACAGAGGAAUUCCUGAACCACAGCAAAGCUCGCGAGGCAGAGCUCCGCCAGCUUCGCAAAUCCAACAUGGAGUUUGAGGAGCGGAAUGCGGCCUUGCAAAAGCAUGUGGAGAGCAUGCGCACAGCAGUGGAGAAGCUGGAGGUGGACGUGAUCCAGGAGCGCAGCCGCAACGCCGUCUUACAGCAGCACCUGGAGACCCUGCGGCAGGUGCUGACCAGCAGCUUCGCCAGCAUGCCCUUGCCCGGAAGUGGAGAGACACCCACAGUGGACACCAUUGACUCAUAUAUGAACAGACUGCACAGUAUUAUUUUAGCGAAUCCCCAAGACAACGAAAACUUCAUAGCUACAGUUCGAGAAGUUGUGAGCAGGCUCGAUCGUUAGGGACUGGUCUUAGAGCGCCAAGGUUUCUGUAAGUGGUUUUACUAGUGAGGAAUGAGAAGCCAUCUGUGUAAAUUUGAACUGAGUGGAGGCAGAGAGAGAGCACAGAUGACUCUGCUUGUGAAAGAACUAUCAGUUGUGACUUAAAUGCCUUCGCCCCGGGAAGCCAUAUGAGGGAGCAGCAGAAGGACCGUGUAUAUGAACUUCCUGUGGAAUCAUCCUUGUGAAGCUUUGAAAGUAUGUCGCCACUCUCCCAAGUCUUCAGUUUCCUGUCAUCUGCCUUUCUGUUGAGUGGCUCUGCAUAUAUUCUGCUGACUAGGUGGCCCUGAGACUGACAUCUUCAGCAGAAAGCCUUCUCAUUGUACUGCUUCAGACUAGAUGGACCCUUUUAUCAGUGGCACUCUGGUUUUCUAUUUACCUGUCACUUUUUAAUGCCUUUAGGGGUUAUCUUGUUAUUCCCUUCACCCCCACAAAGAGACACAUUUCCAUGUUCUGAGCCCUGGGCUUUUUUGCUCGGCAGGGUCCUGAAGGAGAGUUUCUCUUACUGUGCAUGCCCAGUCUCUUGUCCUGCUGUGACUCCAAAGAAGGGCGCUUCUUGUUGGCAGUGUCCUGUGAGCCAGCCCAUUUCCUGCCCCCAUGGCUCGGCCCAGCCCUGCUCGCCUCGGGGUGCCAGCCCCAUGGAGGCUGUGUGACCGUGGCCCUGAAGGGCGUGCGCCGUCCUUCCUCCCGGGCCCUGCCUGCUGUUUCCUGAGCUUCACCCCUGCAUGUACCCAGCUUCCCAGCCCAGCAAGGCUCUACUGUUCCCUUCUGGUGACAGUGUCUUGUGGAGCAUUUUUGCUGAGGAAAAGGCCUUAGGUAAAUAAGAGAGAAUAGGAAAAAUAGUUUCUCAUUUGACAUUGGGGAAAAAAACAAAAGAGUUUAUCCUGAGUGAAAACUGAGGGAAUCCCUGUCUGCUCUAGGUGUGCUGGUUCAUGGCUGUCACAUUAGUCUCGAGCUGAGAGAGAACACGAAGGAAUUCUUAGGUCCUUUGCCUCUUUCUGUAGCCAUAACUGUAGAAUCCAUCUCAAAAGGACAAGCUGUCCUUCCUUCUCCACCCUUAGUAAAUGAAUUUUUUUUUAAACACCAGGAGGGAAGAGGGGUUUCUGAUUCCCCUCAUCUUCGGUUUGGUUUUGAUGCUCUGCACCCCAAGGCUGACAUUUGCGCUGGGCACCGUCCGGGCACCACACCCCUGAGGCAGGCGGAUGUGUGGCCUCCACAUAGCAUGUCCCCCACCGGGGUGCAGGCUCAUCCUCUCCUCUCAGCAACCCCCACCUGAUUUCUCCAGCAGCCCAAAGGAAAUAAAAGAACAAAACAGGCUUUUUUGAAAUGUCUUCAAUGAACACACAUCAGAGUUCCAUGGACUGAAGCCCGCAUGUCACCACUUGGCAAUUUUUUAGAAUAAGAGCCCAUCAUUAUCUAUUGCUAUAAACCUAGCCAACCCACCUGCUUUUUUCUAUAUUUUCCUGUUCUCACCUUCUGGUCCUGUCACUUCCCUCAGAUUCCUUGCCUGCUUAGUCCAAGCUGGAACACAGAGUCUAUAGCAGAAAGACAUCCAGCCAGUUCUGGAAGUUUGUGUCUGCCUUCUGCCAGAUACUCCUAUCCUUCCUUUCUUCCUCCUCAUACCUCUUUCUGUUCCUCCUGUGUGACUUUGGAGCAGCUUCAUUAGAGUGCCGUUAACCAGGAAAGGCUGUAACUUAGUGCAAACAUCGUCAUGCUCCUAGCCAUCCCUGACACUAACUUGAAACAUUUGUAUGUUCAGAAACGCACCAGAUCUUGAGGGGGCCUCCAGUCUGCAGUCAUUUUCACAAAAUAAGCAGCCUGCCUUUGAAACCCUGGCUCUCCCUGCAGCCACACACCUGGCUUACUGGUGGCUGGGACUCGGUGGCCACAGCACAGUCAGGUCGGGCCGUAAAGCAGGUGUGUGUUGCCUCCUGCCCUCUGUGCCCAAGCAGGAGGCAGUAAGAGGCUCACGUGAUACCUAAUCCAUGUUCUCCAGUAAACCUGUAGAUAUUACUGAGUGUAUAUGUUCUCUAAUAAGUUGUUGCCUAGUCAGUGUUACAGAUUUAUUUCCUUUUAUUAAAACACAAGGAGCAGCUGAGGAAAAUGAAACAAAGUGUUUUAUUUCUGACAAAAUUGUAGAAAAAAAAUUGUGUACAUGUGUUUGGAACUGUUAAAAUGCCAAGUUUUCUGUACAAGUGUUUUUGUAAUUAAACUCUUAGAUUAUCUUUGUUUUUUGAAGAAGUCAGUAUGCUUGCUUGACAUUUGCCUUAUUAAAACUUUUCUAUGUUGGAUC